AAAAGAGUCGUCACUCAGAGUCCGUCUUCAAUCAAGCCAAGAUGUUCCGCUACUUGCUCGUCGCCUCCGCCUUCCUGGCCUGCGCCUAUGCUGCCUCCAACUACAACCAGGAUGCUGGUGCCUACAUCACCAAGAGCGCUGCUGACAUCCAGCCCGAUGGCCACUAUAACUACGCCUAUGAGACCAGCAACGGCAUUGCCGCCCAGGAGUCCGGCCUCGGAGGCUACCAGGCCAACGGUGGAUACUCCUAUUAUUCGCCCGAGGGAGAGCUGGUCCAGAUCCAGUAUGUUGCUGACGAGAACGGCUUCCAGCCCCAGGGUGCCCUGCUGCCCACUCCUCCCCCAAUCCCAGCUGCCAUCCUGAAGUCCCUGGAGUACAUCCGCACUCAUCCCCAGUACGUUGAGCCCGCCUAUCACCGCGGUUAAGUGGAGGUGACUGGAUAAGCUGUAAACGCCUUUUGAAGCUUUACUAAGAAUUGUAAAUAUGUAUA